AUGUCUUCUGACGGUAUCACGGAAAUUGAAGAAUCCCAGAUUCAAACCAACUACGACAAGGUCGUCUACAAGUUCGAUGACUUGAACCUUAAGGAAGAGUUGUUGAGAGGUAUCUACGGUUACGGUUUCGUCGACCCAUCUGCCAUUCAGCAACGUGCUAUCUUGCCUAUCACCGAAGGUCAUGAUGUUUUGGCUCAGGCUCAAUCUGGUACCGGUAAGACUGGUACUUUCUCGAUUGCUGCUUUGCAGGGCAUCGACGAAAAAAUUAAGGCUCCUCAAGCCUUGAUGUUGGCUCCAACCAGAGAAUUGGCUCUUCAAAUCCAAAAAGUCGUCAUGGCUUUGGCUUUCCACAUGGACAUCAAGGUGCACGCCUGUAUCGGUGGUACAUCUUUUGUCGAGGACGCCGAGGCGUUGAGAGAAGGUGCUCAGAUCGUUGUCGGUACCCCAGGCCGUGUUUUCGACAUGAUCGAGCGUAGAAGAUUCAGAACCGACCACAUCAAGAUGUUUAUCUUGGAUGAAGCCGAUGAGAUGCUGUCUUCCGGUUUCAAGGAACAGAUCUACAAGAUUUUCACCAUGUUGCCACCAACCACUCAGGUCGUGCUUUUGUCUGCCACCAUGCCAGGUGACGUUUUGGAAGUGACCACCAAGUUCAUGAGAAACCCAAUCAGAAUUUUGGUUAAGAAGGACGAGCUGACUCUAGAAGGUAUCAAGCAGUUCUACAUCAACGUUGAGGAAGAAGACUACAAAUAUGACUGUCUAAGUGACUUGUACGACUCCAUCUCUGUCACUCAAGCCGUUAUUUUCUGCAACACCAGAAGAAAGGUCGAGGAGUUGACUCAGAGAUUAACUGCCGACAACUUCACCGUUUCUGCUAUCUACUCUGAUUUACCACAACAACAAAGAGACACCAUCAUGAAGGAGUUCAGAACCGGUUCUUCCAGAAUCUUGAUCUCCACCGAUUUGCUUGCCAGAGGUAUCGAUGUCCAACAAGUUUCUUUGGUUAUCAACUACGACUUGCCAACCAACAAGGAAAACUACAUUCACAGAAUUGGUAGAGGUGGUCGUUUCGGUCGUAAGGGUAUUGCCAUCAACUUCGUCACCAACAAGGACGUUGGUGCCAUGAGAGAAUUGGAGAGAUUCUACUCCACUCAAAUCGAAGAAUUGCCAGCUAACAUCAGCGAAUUGUUCGACUAA